CCUCGCCCACGCUUCCUGUCCGCCUUUGCCCUGCCUCUAACCUCUCACAACAUUUUCAAGUUGGACAAACGAGAGUGGCAAAAGGGAGCCUCGCUGUGAGCGUGUGGCCGCCCGUACGCCCUCCGGCGCCAUGCCUCUGGUUACCAGGAACAUCGAGCCGCGGUACGUGUGCCGCCAGCCCAUCCCGACCAGCAUCCGCAGCGAACUGGAAUGCGUCACCAACAACAGCCUGGCCGCCGUCAUCCGUCAGCUCGGCUGCCUCAGCAAGCAAGCGGAGGACGUGUUCAGGGGGCUGUUCAAGGAGGCCCAAGAUUUCUCCGUCCGGGUGGAGGCGCUCGGGGAUCGCGUGGACAGCCUGCAAUUGAAAGUCACCCAGCUGGACCCUAAAGAAGAAGAAGUUUCUUUGCAGGCCAUCAACACUCGCAAGGCGUUCCGCAGCAGCCUGACGCAGGACCAGCAGCUGUUCACCAGGCCCUCGCUGCCCAUGCCCGUGCAGGACACCUACGUCACGUGCGACCCGCCGCCGCCCCUAAAUCUGCUCAGCUCGUACCGCGAUGACGGAAGACAGGCCCUCGACUUUUACACGAAUCCCUCCUACUUCUUCGACCUGUGGAAGGAGAAGAUGCUGCAGGACACCAAGGACAUCAUGAAGGAGAAACGAAAACACAGAAAGGAGAAGAAAGACCACCUGAACCAGCGGACCCUCAACCCGCGCAAGAUCAAGACCAGGAAAGAGGAGUGGGAACGCCGCAAGAUGGGCGAAGAGUUUGUGGUGCCCAAGAACGACAUGAUGAACUCCUUGGAGGGCCUGAACGGCAGCCUGGGAUCCGGCGACGAGGGCCUGGAUUUGAGCACGGGCUCCUACGCGUACGAGCCCGGCCCCGACGACUUCCUGCCUCCGCCGCCCCCCGACAUGUCGUACACUGACGGCCACUACGGGGGCUCCAACCAUAAACGCAUCAGCGUCCUGAGCCCCAGCCACCCGCCCCCGGCUCCCCCCAUGACCUCCCCCACUUCCAACUCUCGCCCCCACCUCUCCCCUCCCCCCGCCCCUCCUCCCCCACCUCCGCCCUCCGGGUUUGGAGCUCCCGCCGGUUUUGACGGCCCCCUUCCACCUCCCCCGCUCUCCUCCCCGGGCGCCUUCUCCUCGCCGCCCGCCCCGCCCCCGGCCGUGUCCGGCGCGGGCCCUCCUCCCCCCCCACCCGCGCCCGCCGGCGGGGGCCCUCAUCCUCCACCCCCGCCACCGCCCCCUCCCCCCGGCCCGCCACCGCCGUCCUUCGCGGCCCCCGCUCCCCCUCCUCCUUCCGCCGCGCCGGCGGCGUCCAAACAGCAGCCGGCCCCCGAGGGCGACGCCCGCAGCGACCUGCUGCAGGCCAUCAGACAAGGCUUCAACCUGCGCAAGGUGGAGGCCCAGCGCGAGCAGGAGAAGCGGGACGACCCCUUCGGCAACGACGUGGCCGCCAUCUUGUCUCGCCGCAUCGCCGUGGAGUGCAGCGACACCGAGGACGACUCGUCCGAGUUCGACGAAGACGAGUGGUCCGACUGAGCGGGCGCGCCUGUCGUUAUUUCCGUCACUUUCAGGUUAGCGCAGAAGAGAAGUCGCACGUCGUUGCGAUCGCAUUCCUUCACUUGUUUCUAUUUAUCUAGUCCAUCUUCAUUUGUUUGUGCCUUCAUGGCGACGCGUCCUCGCUAAUCAACACGUCGUCUUUAGAAGGACCUUAUUGUCUUUCUGUGUCGGCACGGGAACAAUUUAUAACCUUUUUGAAAUAUUACACAGAAGGAUUCAGUGUGAACUAAAGGGGAAGUUACGAGCAGAACUCAAAUGCACGACUCGACGUGGAAGUGGCCAAGUAAAAAAAUACCGGGGACCACCUGCUUCUGAGGUGCCUUUAAAAAAAUAAUAAUAAAAAAUUAAAAAAACAUUUUUAAUAUAUAUCAUUUUAAAUGUAUUCACAUGCGGCUCGCUUUUCCAAAGUGAUGAUUUCAAUUGUUGUCAUUUUUUUAUGCUCCCAAAGACUUGUCUAAAAAAAUAAACAAAUAUAUUUUAUCUGGGUAAAAAGAAUAAAUUUUGCAUAAUUUA